GCUGCAGUCAAAGCAGACGGAUUUUAAAGAUAAAAACGGAGAAAAUCUCUGUCAGAGUUUGAACAUUGACACUAAUAAUAAUAAACGGACAGAAAUUGAUAUGAUAAAACAAUAGUUACGUGGUUAAUAAAGUAUACACAUCGGUUAAUGAGAUUUGGUUCACAACUAUUAGCUUGAGACAAUAACCCUCAGCCUGAAAUGACUAGCAAGAAAUCUACAGGAAAAUUAGAAAUAGAUGUGCAGAAACUACGAGAUGAAGGGAAUUGGAAAAAGUUAAUCGAAUUAACAGAAGGUGGAAAAAUUGGAAUUAAUGAUCAAUUGGGUAAUUUUCUACUCGGAGAAGCCAAACUGGAGCAAUAUCUAGAAGAACAUAUGCCAUAUGAUGCGUCCAGUGAUGCGAUUGCUGCAUCCAAAACUGGAUUGAGUGAAGCAAAGCAAUUUUUGACUCUAUCAGCGGGAAUAGAAGGAUCUAGGACGACAGGGUCUAUGGAUGCUCAACUGUUAUUGGCAAAAUUACAUUUUGCAUGUGGAGAAUACAAUGAAGCUUUGCAGUUCUUGUCUGAGGCAGGCCUGGAUCAGCUGACUGAGAAGCCUCUACCUGUCCGCAGUCUCAAAAUCAUUGCUGAAUCUUUUGCUGUGCAAGCAUUAGCUUUAGAAAAGAUUCCUGUUGGAACCUCAUUUGGGAAAACACCUGAAAGCAAAGAACAACAACUUCUCAAAAGUAUGGAAACAGCUGGUGACAUUGCACUGUUGUAUUUACAAGAGCAAGAUAAAUUACAGGGUCAAAGUAAUUGGAGUAUUGCAACAUCAGGAUCAAAUUCACCUCUACCCCCUUUAAAUGAACAGAGAAUAGGAAUGCUUCUUGAAACAGCAUUGCUUAGGGCUCCUUUGAUUCACAUCAAAGCUCAGAAGUGGAGUGAAGCGAUUGCCAGAUACCGCACCGUUUUACGCGCCAUGGAAUCAUCUGCAACUCAGACACUGCGUUUGACUUUUGCGAGACAAUUGGCAGAGGUUUUACUACGCAAAAUGUGCCAAGGAAAUUAUUGGGCUGUAAGCUCAGCAAAAGGUCCAAACAGUCACUGGAAAUCGAAAUACUACACUGGUUCUAGCCUAUUUUCGCCGCGCGAUGUAAACGAAGAAGUUUUUCUUCUUCUGCUCUUGAGCGAGGCUAUGGCGGUCCGAGAUGCGGUCUUGAGCCAAUCGCCCGAAUUUCGUGAUCUCCGCAAAGCCUCGAUGCGAAACGCAACCGUCGUGUACGAUUUGUUAAUCGUUUGUUGCAUUCAGCACGGGCAGACUGCCAUGCUGUGCGAGUCGCUGGAGCGAGCUUUGAAAUUCUCCUUCGAGGAUGCGCAUAUUUGGUCGCAAUUUUCCUAUUCACUAAUUGCUGCAGGGAAAUUCAACAAAGCCGUUCUGGUUUUAAAGGAAGUUGCACGAUUAUGUCCGAGCAAUCCUCUCCCUUGUUUAAUGGCAGCCAAGGUGUGCCUGGAACAUCUCAAUCUUAUUGAUGAUGGGUUCAAUCUGGCCACGGAGGCAGUCCGACGAGCGGUGAAACAGGAUUCUAAUAUCAGUUCCAGAGCGUGCUUGAUAAGAGGAGUUGCAUGUUUUAUCAAGUGGCGCCAGAGUCGGAUUCAACCGCUGAAGCAAAACUGGAUGACGGAAUGUCUAAAAUCGCUGCGUGAGUCGGCCGACCACGAUCCCCAUGAUCACCUGGUUCAUUUUUACUUGGCCCUAACGCACUCCUUCUGCCGGCAAGUGACUCAAGCUCUAACCGAAGUGCGGAUGGCUCUGCGUUUGCGUGGAGAGCACCUCCCGUCUUUGCUUCUCCUUUCGCUUCUGCUUUCCACCUCAGCUGCAUCACCGUCGUCGCAAAUUUCUUCUUCUUCCGCCGCUAAUGGUGAUGACGAGGAGGAAUCGCAUGUGAAUCAGUGCCAAGGAGCGCUCUCGUUGGCGGAAGCUACCCUGGAAGAAUACCCAAACAAUUUCGACUUGCUCUAUAUCAAAACGCUGUUGGAAGAACGUUGUUUCGGUGGCGAAGUUGCGCUCGGCACCGCCAAACACAUGCUGGCUUUGUGGAAGCAACUUUACGAGGAUUCGUCAUCGGGUGGGCCGGUGGCCAGUGAGAGCAAUCCAAACAACGUCAGUCACAGUUACAGCAACUACGAUACUAGAAGCCUCGCAAUGAGUGCUAUUUCGGCCCAACAUAUUUCCAAUGACGCCAAUGAGCGUGAAAGUUCAAUUUACGCCCAGUCAGUAGCUGCGGCCCGUGCCGAACAGGCGUUGUCGGACGUGACGUCAUCUAUGUGUUCCAGUUUGCCUAAGCCGGGUCCGGCUUGGCACGUUCAGCUUAAAAUUUGGCUUUUGACCGGAGAGUUGUACGUCAGGCUAGGAAAAUGUGAAGAGGCACUCGCUUGUGCCCAGGAGGCUGCACUUUUAAGUCCCGCCUCUCACCACGUCAUGUACCUGCGUGGCCUCAUUCAUGAAUCAAAGAACGAGUUCGCAGAAGCCAAUACGUAUUUUAAGAACGCUACGUCAUUGAGCCCAUUUCACAUUCCCAGUCUUCAACAUCUUGGUCUCUGUGUCCACUACCUAGGCAGUCAUCGUUUAGCUGAAAAAACACUCAGGGAAACUGUUCGCCUCGACCCUGUUGCUGAGAACUCUUGGUAUAACUUGGGAAAAGUUUUGGAAGCCAUGGGAGACUACGACUUGGCGGCGCGUAGCUACUCUACGGCAUUGGAAGUCCAAAAAAGUAGUCCUGUUGCCCCUUUUAGUGCUGUUCCAUUGUGUUUUGAAUAAAGUAAAUUCAAUGCUUGUUGACAUUUUCUUCUAAUUGUUACAUUUUUGUUUCUUUCAAUCGUAGAAUACAUUAUUACCUGUUUCAUGUA